GCCUGCUGGCCUUAUCUGUUUGUGACAGUUUGGGGCAGGUUGCAGAGUCUCAAACUCAGGAAAAAGGAGAACUGAAAAUGAAGCCAAAGAGCCUAGCAGAAGUGUCACACAGAUGUGACAGAGGUGGAGUGCGGAUAUGGAAUGGACCUCCCUUCUUCGAAGUCAUUUGUGUAGUGCAAAUGAUAGCUUCCUACAAUACACUGCAGUGGGAAGGCAGUCUUUGGAAAAGAAGCUUAAACGAUUCUGCCAAAAACUUCACAACAAAGUCUUCCAAGUUUCCAAAAUACGAUGGAAAAUAUCCUUCGGGGUCAGCAAGUUGAACUGCAAGCCCUUCCCAGGACUGUAACCAGGAACACAGAAAGAUGGAUCCGUUCCAACAGAGGCUGCUGGGACCAGAAGCAGCAAGGGAGGACACCGCUGCAAACAGCCUUCACUCCACGCAGGGCACUGUCUGUGCAUGGGUGGGAGCAGGGCUGCUAUGGCCCCGGAGCAGGUCAAUGCCUGGCUGAUCCUGUGCGUGUUUGCUGGAUCCCAGAGGCUCACAGAUGAACAUCCUUACAGCAGGGAUGGUGCCGGCGCCAACACUCCCCAUCGCAGCCCAGAGGAUGCGGACAUCGUGUUAGAGAUGCUGUGGGGAGGGCUGGAUGUUCAGGCCAAUGGGACAGUCCGGCUGCGGGAUGAAGAGCUGGCCUCCCUGCGCCCGGCACGGUGGUUCAUGCAUGUUUUAGAGGAGGAAGUUCCCAAAACACCGGCAGAGAUUGAGCAGCACCUGAGCUACUAUUCACUGACUGAUACCCCCUUGCCUCCAGUGGGGUUUGACCGCCUGCUUUUCACCAGUGUUUACUGCGCCUAUCAGGUUCGCUCCACGCAGGGUCUGGAUAAAAAUCUCUGGAUUCGUUUUUUCUCUCAGCUGGUGGAUGAAAUCUUUCGUGACCUGUGCAAGGGGCUCUGCCCUGCAAAUACCACCCUGCUCCUGGCUUCCUGGCCCUGGAAGGAGAAGCCUUCUCAUUUAGCAUCCCUGAAACAUCUCUAUCGCUCUAACCUGGCCAGGACCAAGAGAAACACUUAGUAAAGGAAACUACCAUAGGAAAGGACACACCUGACUUCAGCUGCAUCCUUGGUUAUGUUGGUUUCCACAUUAUUCAGGACUUUGUGCAAAUACACCAUACCUUUUUGUCCUGCUCUCUGCGAUGCGCUGCCAACUCUAAAAGGAUUUCUGCACAAGCUUUUAAUUUUAAGUUAAAUAGGACAAAACCAUAAAGUACAUUUCACUCUCUCCUUCUAAAGUGCAUUUCACUCCUUUUUGCUUUUGUUCUGCUUGUGUUUUGGGUUUGAGUGGGCUGUGCUGAAGGGGGCAGUGCUAUUCAGAUGUGUUAUCUGUCUUCAUCUCUGAUGCUUACUGGAGAGGUGCCCUGGCAGUGUUUUUCCAGGAAGUCACACUCCUGUCCUAGCUGACUUCAUUUCAGAUCAGUCAGUUCAGCCUCUUUAUAUUCCUGCUGUGGUCUCAGCCAAAUACAGCAUCUUUUCUCCUUUCUUUUAACCAGCAAAGCAGAUUUUGUUGUGUUUCAUGAUAUAGGUCACCUAUUUAAUUUCCACUUUCUGCCCAUGUGGCAUCACAUUUUAUGUGUCCAUAAUAAUUUCCCAUCUCAACUAUUCAAUUUUAUUUAAAAAGAAACCUGAAAAUAUAUGUAUUCCGUGAAGCAUUCUAGCAUUUGCAUAUCAUAUUUACACAUGUAGUCUGCUUUGUGUCAGUUAUUGGGAAUAUAUCUGGAAUAUACUUCCUUAGGGCUCAUUUAAAUUCCUGAGGAUUGUGACCUAGUUAUUUCUGGAGCAGAUUUUACCUCUUCUAUGAAGUUUAUUUUGUACAGCUAUGGCAUUUUACAAGCCGAACAUAAUAAAUAUGUGAUUUCCAUCCUCAAAAUGAGAAAUACAAUCAUUUUAUAGAAAGAGAUCAUUAACUUUUCUCUGUCUAACACACUGCAAUGUGGAAUUAAAUAAA